UUUUUUUUUUCUACAAGUGUUAAGGAACAGACUGUGUUCACUUUCUUUAUAAUAUAUACAACAUGUCUUUUACUAGAAACUUAAUUAGUGCUUCAGCUUUAUUAAAGGCACCUAUUCAAAAGAGAGCUUUUGCUUCAGCUGUCGAAACUGCACCCAAAGUUUUCCCUACCACUGUCCAAGCUUUUCUCCGGGAUUUCAAGACAAACGAACCUGUCUCCUUCAUCGAUCUUGACAGAAGUGUUUUCAAUGCACCCAUUAGAAGAGAUAUUCUUCACCGUGUUGUAGUUUGGCAACGUGAUGCCAUGCGUCAAGGUACCCACUCUUCCAAGACUCGUUCUGAAGUGGCUGGUACAAGCAAAAAGCAAGCUCCUCAAAAGGGCCGUGGUAAGGCUCGUGUAGGUGAUGGUAAAGCACCCCACAUGAAGGGUGGUGGUAUUGCUUUUGGUCCCAAGCCCAGAGACCACAGCACAGAAUUACCCAGAAAGGUGCAAGAAUUAGGUCUUCGUGUUGCUCUCAGUGCCAAAUAUGCUCAAGAUCAACUUACUGUGGUUGAAUCACUUCAAAAUUUGACAUCUCACAAGACUCGUGAUUUGAACAGCAUUUUGGAAUCCUCUUAUGGUUCACCCAAGACAUUGAUUGUUAUUGAUGAUUGCAAUUUCAACUUAGAAUUGGCUGCCCGUAACAUUCCCAAUUGUGAAGUCAUUCAUGUUGAAGAAACCAACGUUUUAGAUUUGUUAACUUAUGACAAGUUGAUCAUUGAAAAAAGUGCUGUUGAGGCAUUAGAACAAGUCCUCAAGACUGAAUAGAGAGCGAGACAGAGAAUUACUGCAUAUAUUUUAUCUUUUUUUCACAAUUGUACAAUAAAUAAUAAAAAAAAAGGAAAUGUCAUUUUUUAAAUCAA